ACCGAUGCGGUCGCGAUCCCCAUGGUUGCCCUCAGGGCUCUUUACGGAAGUUGAGGUCAUCUUCACGUUGUGAAGGAGUUGUAGAUACUCAUACUAGGACGUACACGUCCACAGUGCCUGGUCAAGAAGUCCCUUGGUCUGGCGUCCAAUGUCAACAACAAAUUGAUAGGUCAAUAGUUUGGGCUCCUACUGUGCCGGCUACUUGCAGUCUAUUGUGGCAGUAUCGGCAGCAGCCAGGCGUACUAUCGUGGCCGUAUAUGCUCAUCGGUCCACACAACCAUCAUUCACUGACCUAUCCUUUUGGGACUACUACGUGCUGUGGUCGGUUCCAUCCUACUCAUCAUCAUUCGUAUGAAGGCCUACAAGGAAGUGGCGACCUUUUUGUUCCCGAUGAUGUCGUCUAUAUUGGCCGUCUGCCACACUGUGAGUCUUUUGUUCCUUCUCUAAGUGAUGAUGAGAAGCAUGAUAAGGCAGAAGGGAGUUCAUAUGGUCAGAUGUACACUCCUGAUGCUGGUGCUGGGAUAACAUGCAAUGAUGUUUCAUUGGAGAAUACUGUAGAUAGCGAAGGAGAAGUCUUCCUUCGAGGUCUGAUGGCUAUUUUGGCGAGUAUGAUGGAAAUCGGUGAUGAUAUGGAAAGACAGAGAAUACUAGAUCACAGUUCUGUCAGUCAUCCGGAAUUUACAGGCACGUACACGCCUU